AUGUGCCAUCCCGACAGCCCCAACCGCUGUAUUUCUCAUCGCCCUGCUCCAAUCCUCACCACGGCCACAACGACGACUGCUAUCACCACCGAUGCUCGUCAUCCCCGUGCCCAACCGCCGUCAUUCACCAUCAUCUCUAUCAUUCCUGACACAACUUCUGCGGCGACAACGGUGACCACCAUAGCCCCAACUUCCGCAGUCGAUCAAAACGCUCUCAACGGCCCGCAAACCCCCACUCCCGUCAUCGCCAUCUCCAGUGAUGUGGAUUCGGUCCUAACCUGUCCUCAGUGCGAUAGCACGCUCAGGUCACGUAUCGGCCUGGUGGGCCACCUGCGAAUCCACCGCAAUGCGAGCGGCGCACCAGUGCCAGGAUCACCCGCAUACACUCUCAGCAUCCACCCUCAUUUUCACGCUACCAACGCACAUUCAUACACCGCAUAG